CAACUGGACAAUAGUGAUUUGACUCCUUGUUGGUGGUGGUGUGCAAUGGCCACGAGUAGUGUAUUGCCAACUACUAAGCCAGUAGUUCGGGAGUGGGCCGACGAGGACGACUUUUCAAACAAGUUACCACCACUUGAGGAAUGGUAUGACGAAGAAGGCUUAAAACACGUUGUUGAGUACCACUUCAAUGAGGAGAACAAGUUAGUAAAGACAACAAAGGUAUUUCGAGUAAAGAAGGAGACCAAACAAGUAAGCAAGUCCGUUGCUGAAAGAAGACAUUGGAAAAAGUUUGGAGAUUGUCAGAGAGCUCCGCCUGGACCGGAACCUGGUGUGACAGCCGUGAGCCUUGACGAUGUCUCGAUAGAGUACAAACGUGGGGAGGAGUCCGAAGGUGAAGAGGACCUCAAAGCUAAAGAGCAAAAGGAUAUUCAAAAGAUGCUAGCUAUGCAGCGUUUUAAAAGAAGAUUAGAAGAGAGAAGAGCUGGAGUUGCCAAUUGGGCUCAACUUAUGGCUCUCAAAGCAGGAGCUCAAAGAGAUGAGUUGGAGGUUCCUUCAACAAAUGCCAAUUCUGCCAACACAGGAAAGUACGUUCCACCUCAUUUACGAGGAGGAGGGAGAGUUUCUAGUGACUCCUCAUACACUAGAGACGAUUCUGCAACUGUAAGAGUAAGUAACUUAUCACCCAAUACGACGGAAAGCGAUUUGCAAGAAUUGUUUCAUCCUUUUGGUAAUAUUCGUCGUAUUUUUAUUUCCAAAGAUCGUCACACUGGCGAAGGUAAAGGGUUUGCCUUUGUCGCUUUUUCAAAUAGAGAGGAUGCUCGCAAGUGCAUUGAGAAGCUAGACGGUUAUGGCUAUGACCACCUAAUUUUACGUUGUGAGUGGGCAAAGCCUAGUGAGAACAAGAGAGGACAGAAGUAGGAACCUUUGAGUGCAAUAAAUAAGGCAAGAGCUGAUCAAUUUUUUCACAAAAU